CGGCAAACUGGUGGCAGGGCAAAAGUGCCAUUGUUUGGGUUCCCCCCGUGGCGAUCGGGCAACGCGACCAAAAUCCCUGAAGAAUGUAACAUUCCCAGCGCUGUUUCGGCAGGCGACAUGAGCGCCAACGAUGCCCACGACGGCGGCCUCCAGGACGGCGAGCCUCCGGGAGUCCUGAGCCUCCUGGCCAUCGCGGCGUCCAUGCUGCUGUGCUGGAUAUUCUACCGAGUGCGGAUGCGCCAGUGCGAGAUGGUGCUGGCGGAGAUGGCCAAGGCCCUGGAGGAGGUGCGGCGGUCCGCCGAGGCGUUGCAGACGCGUCGAAGUAUAGUGCGGGCAACGACCGCCUUCGCAGAGAAGGCUCUCACGGAAUACAAGACUCUCCUCAACAUGUUGGACGAGAUGCAAGCGGGCGACUGCCGCAAGGCGAACUUACCGAACCUGAGGCAUGAAAUUGAAAUGGAGACGAUGCGUGCCCAAGUCAACAUGGUGCAAGGCUGUCUCCUUGCCAUGUCGCAAGAGGCGCUAAAUUUACAAGCUCUGUCGGCCGGCGAAGAGAAACAGGUGACCUCGCUGUCUGGUUGCAGUGUGCUGGUUCAGUGUGAAAGUAAAAGAAGUGACCUGUGCCCGUCCAUUGCAGGAAGACAUUGUGUCAUCUUUGCACCACCAGAGAAAAUCAUACACGCACAUGUCAGAGGAGCUUCUUUCUCUGUUGGAGAGAAAGAGCUCAGAAAAUAUAAAAUUAUUUUCAUCGGGGGGACCAGAAAAAUCCAGAACUCAAAAAAUGAUCUGGCAUAACUCGUUCACAAGUCAUUAGUUGUAACAGUGUGUGUUGUUGUUUGCCACUAUUAAAUAAUGAAGAAAAAAAGAGACAUUCCUUGAAAAUAUUUAUUAGGAAAUCAACAGGAAAAACACAGAAGUUUACUAAACAUUGCUGCAGCAGUUAAAUAAACAUUUUGUCUGAAAAUCAAACAUAGUUCUAACGCUGACAG